UUUAGUUUAUCAAUGGUUAUCCCUAACCUUUUAUUUCUUGCUUCUUUAAUAAAUUUGUUUUUGAAAAGAAGAGAAAAAAUUAAGAUUGAUUAAAAAUGGCUUCUUCAGAACCCGUGCAAGUGAGUUCGUUGCCGUUACCACCAAUGCAAUAUAUUAAUCAGUAUACCGAUGAAAUUGUAAAAAGGGGUCGAGCACCUAGACCACCACCUCCAAUUCAUGAUCAAUAUCAAAUGUUUGGAAAUACGUUUAAUACAGAAGAGAGUAUUAUUAGACCGUUAGAAAGUCAGGGCAUAAAACGUCUCUAUCCUCUUCAUUUUGAUAGACGUCGUGAGCUUAAGAAAUUGAAUCAUUCUUUGUUGGCAAAUUUCCUUGAUCUCUUAGACUUAUUGGUGAAAUGUCCAGAUUCUCCAAGAAGAGCUGAAAAAGUAGAAGACCUUAGUUUGCUUUUUAUUCAUAUUCAUCACUUGUUGAAUGAAUUUAGACCUCAUCAAGCCAGAGAAACUUUGCGUGUAAUGAUGGAACUUCAAAAACGUCAGAGGAUAGAAACUACACAUCGAUUCCAAAAACAUUUAGAUAAAGUACAAGAAAUUUUACAGCAAGCUUUACAAAGUUUACCAGAAUCUAUGGAAGUUGACUCUAAGGCAAUGAUAGAAACCGAUUUACUAUUUAGUAAAGAAAAUGCAAUAAAAGAUGAAGAAAGAAGUGAUCCAUGUUAUAUUAAAGACAGAAUAAUGUGUUCUAUAGUGGACAGUAUCCAAUAACUUAAAAUAAGAAAUAUUAGAUUAUAUCAAUUGCAUGCUGAGUCUGAUACUUCUUGUCAAUAUCUGACAUUAGAAGAGACGUAAUAAACUUUUUAUGAGGAGUUACAAUUCAGUGUU